AUGAUCAGUGAACUUUCGCAAGCAUGGGGUCUUAUCUCCUUAAACUCUAUCCUUUGUAUCUUGGGAACUUUGGUUCUCUUUUUAGAUGAUCUUUAUCAUCUAUUGAUGCCUCUGUUUAUCACUAGAAGAUACCCCUUUGAGAUUAAGGAGAACUACAGCUUAUUGAACGGGACCAUGUCGUUCAGUAGUGGUUGCUUAUUAUUCACAUCGCUUUAUAAGCUACUUCCUGAAGCCAUGGAAUAUUUCAAAAUAUCAAAGAAUCCUACUACUCCUGAUAUUCAGCCAGACCAAAUAAAUGGAGAACAGAAAAUGAACUUGUAUCUUACUGCGUGUUAUGCUAUAGGGGUACUUAUCUCUGUAUCUUUCAAUGCUAUAUUACAUUUGAUUACUAGUGAAUCAGUAGUUCAUUGUUCUCAUGAUGGUGGCGAAGAUCCACAUCAAAAUUAUGGUCAUAGCCAUAGCCAUACAGCAGAAGAAAAUCCAGAUGUAAACGAUGAUAACACAUUCUCCCAUCGCAAUUCAACUUCAAGCGAAAGCUACGAUGCUAUCCAUCAAAAGGUUUCUGGAAAGAACGCUAACUCAAAUGAUUCUUCGGAUAGAGCUGAAGAUGCUACAGAGCAAACUCCACUUUUAGGGUCGGCGGAAAGUAUUAAUCGAGUUCCUCGGUCCAAAAAAUCAAUCAUAGAUAUCCUUACUCAUACCACUGGAGAUGAAGAGCAUCCUUUAGGUGAAUGUAGAGGUUAUUCUUCACCCGAAGUAUGUUUAUUGGGUAGUUGCAAAGGGAAGCUUCAUUUCUGCGAGAUCCCAUUACUACAAGGUUCAAAUCUGAUUCAUAAUGAUUCCAUAAUCUCUGAUGAACACAAUCCUCAUCAUCAUACUUGUGUGUGUCAUAUAUCUAGGGCUGAUUCCAAGCCGCUUACAGACGGAUAUGAUGUGGUACUGCCUGCCCCUGAACAAGAAUUCAUAAUUCACCCGUAUCAUUCGCAUAAUUCAGAUCAUGUUCAUCAUAAUCAUGGUCAUAAUCAUAAUCAUUUAGAGUCUGGGAGUAUGGAAGCUCAUGAAAAUAGCCAUCAUCAUCAUACUACUUCACCCUUCUCCAAAUUAUUUUCUAUUGGGAUACAAACAGUUUUUGCUAUUACUUUACAUAAGUUGCCAGAAGGGUUUGUCACGUACAUUACUUCGAAAACUAAUCCUGAACUUGGAAUUGUUAUAUUCUUAAGUUUAGCAUUUCAUAAUUUUACUGAAGGGUUUGCUAUGUCUAUGCCACUAUAUUAUGCCUUUGAAGCAAAUAGUUCACGAUUCACAGCCAAAGUUAAAGCUGCUACCAUUAGUGGAGUUUUAGGAGCAUUAUCUCAGCCAUUGGGGGCAUUUAUUGGCUUACUUUUCCUUAGAGCCAAUAGUAGCAUUGAUUUCUCUAAACUUAACCUUGUUUUUGGAACUACAUUAGCCAUUACGAGUGGGUUCUUGACGGUUAUUGCUCUUUCCAUGUAUGGAGCAGCAGUAUCUUUUGGAGGAAAUCUGGCAUUUACCAUGACUUGGGCUUUAGUAGGUAUAAUUACUAUUGGUAUAUCCAGUGCUUUCGGUGCAGACUAA